GGCAUUUGAACUUAUUUUUUGUUACUGCGCGAAGCUGUUAUGGUUUUUGCUUUUUGGAAGCGUCCUGCUAAAUCUGAAACUCAAAAAAUUUCGUGUGAAGGAUGUACAUCAGAUAUAGAAGGAUAUCAAUUUUCUCAUGUGCGGUAUGCGUUUAUGGUAGCUGGCUGCGUUUUGACGGGUGGCCUUUUGCGGUUAUUGUUCCACUGGUUUCCCCAAUGGAUGCUGUGGUGCACUCAUAAAAGUUCGGAACUCCAUGAGGCUCACAAGGUGAAAAUCAAGGAUAUUUCAGGUGUAUUUAUACAUAAUAUUGUGUAUCCUUCAUCAGAAAGCCCAAGGUCUCUGGAUAACUCUUCUGUAACGUCUUCAUUGACUCUUGAAGACCAGACAAAGCACCCAUACUUUAUACAUAAAAAAUUAAAGUAUAUUUGGAAUUUCGAGAACGAACAAUUUGAAGUACUUCAGAACUGGGAUGAACGUUCGUAUGAUGAAAUUCUAAACGCACAGGCUCUGGACUCGGAAUUGAUCGAAACCCGCCGAGAUUUGUAUGGAAUUAAUAAAAUUGAUGUCAGUCUUACUCCUAUCGUAAGGCUUGUUUUGAAUGGGUGCCUUACUCCCUUCCACUGUUUUCAAGUAUUCAGCUGUGCAAUUUGGUUUUGCGUCGAAUACGAAAUAUAUGCCACUUGUAUUGCUGUUUUUUCCGUAACUUCACUCAUAUUUCAAGUUUACGAGCUUCGUAAAAAUGAACGUGCGUUGAAGGAAACUGUUUGCAUUUCUUCUAAAGUCAGUGUUUGCAGACGCUGUGGUGGUGAGGAAGAUUUUGAAUUAGUCGACUCAACCGAAUUGGUACCAGGUGAUUUAAUUGCGAUUCCAAGUAGUGGAUGUCUGAUGCAAUGUGAUGCAGUUUUGUUAAUGGGCAAUUGUAUUGUAAAUGAAAGUAGCCUGACUGGUGAGAGUGUUCCAAUUACGAAAAUCCCUUUACCUAGUUCACAAUACAAGAACGUACCAUUUGACUUUCGUUCCUCUGCACGACAUAUCCUAUUUAGUGGGACAUCUAUAAUUCAAACACGUGGGGAUAUCAACAAGCGUGUCUUGGCUGUAGUCAUCCGAACAGGAUUUAUGACUACUAAAGGUGAACUCGUACGGUCUAUUAUGUUCCCUAAGCCUAUGAAAUUCAAAUUUACUCAAGAUGCAUAUCAAUUCUUAGGAGCUCUUUGUGCAGUGGCGCUUGUUGGUCUCGUUGUUUCCGUAUACUUAAUGUACUGGAAUAAGAAAGACCUAUACUACAUAAUUUUGAGGCCAUUGGAUUUGGUGACUAUCGUAAUACCUCCAAUCCUUCCAGUGGCAAUGAGUGUUGGAAUCGUUUUCGCUCAACGUCGACUUCGAAGUCAUGGCAUAUACUGUAUAAAUCCAAGUGUUAUGAACGUGUGUGGUGUCAUUAAUCUCACCUGUUUCGACAAGACUGGGACACUGACGGAAGAUGGUUUGGAUCUGUGGGGUGUUGUUCCAAACAAAGAUGGUAUUCUUGGAAAGCCUGAAUUUGAACCAUCGAAAAUUGAAAACACACCUUUGAUUGAGUGUAUGGCUACAUGCCAUUCUUUGACUCGAAUAGAUGGAGUUUUAUCGGGUGACCCACUGGAUAUUAAAAUGUUUCAAUCUACUAAAUGGGAAUUUUUGGAAGUUGUGUCAGAAGAUCAACACAAGUUUGAUCAAGUCGUAUCUGCAAUCGUUCGCCCCAAAGAUACAGAAGGUGAUUUAUUCGAAGAAAUGCCCUAUGAAAUAGGAAUUAUCCGUCAGUUUCCUUUCAGUUCUUCUCUACAACGGAUGUCUGUAAUAACACGAACACUAAAUGAAUCUCAAUUUCAUGUAUAUACCAAGGGCGCUCCAGAAACAAUUGAAGUUUUAUGUCGACGUGAUACAAUUCCUGCAAAUUUCCACUCAAACCUACUGGAAUAUACUCGAGAAGGAUUCCGCGUACUGGCACUGGCUUGGCGUCCGAUUAAAUCAUCUUAUUUGCGAAUCCUACGAUUAUCACGUGAUAGAGUCGAGAAUAACCUUUUAUUUCUCGGUUUUCUCGUAAUGGAAAACCGUCUUAAGCCUGAAUCUGGCCCAGUAAUCAAAAUUUUACGACAAGCUAAUAUACGUCCAGUUAUGGUGACAGGUGAUCAUAUGCUGACGUCCCUUUCUGUUGCUCGAGACUGUGAGAUGAUUGACGAACUGGAUCGGGUUGUGAUUGUAACCGCUAGACCUCCUCCAGCUUCUUUUCCAUGCAGUGAUUUUCCGUCGGAGGGUUCAACUGAGAAUCAACCAGUAAAUAUAAGAGGAGAUGGCUUACCAUUUACAGCCACUGUUAAUGUAAAUAAAAAUACGACAAAUACAGGAGAUAAUAAUAACUUCCCUGAUGAACUAAUAAACUCCUUAGUGCAAUUUCAUUAUGCAGAAGAUCUCCAUAAACCAGUCACUGAAGUUGCAACUACCAACGUACAAGUGAAACGAGAUUCAACUAAAACUGAUCACAAAUUGACAACAAAACUACCAAUUAUUGGGCGUAUAAAAAGCAAAUUCUCCUUCAACCACUUGAGAAUCCCGAAAGAUGUUAAUGAGUUGUCUGUGACAGACAAGUUUUCGGAAUUAGAUGUCGAGAAAUGUUUAUACGAAAAUGGUCAAAAACAAGUGGAUGGUUUGAGCAAUUCUAGGAAAAAAAGUUCCGCUGAGAAUCGAUAUGCACUAUCAAUUCGCAUGAUUGACAGACCCGAUUUCCAUUUGGCUAUCUCAGGCAAAACAUGGUCUAUUAUUCAAGAACAUUAUCCCUGGCUAAUACCCAAACUGGUUGUCAAAGGUACGGUAUUUGCUCGAUUCUCUCCAGAACAGAAAGCACAAGUUAUUGAAGCACUACAGUCAGUCGGCUACUUUGUCUCAAUGUGUGGCGAUGGUGCAAAUGAUUGCGGAGCUUUAAAAGCAGCUCAUGCUGGUAUUUCUCUAAGUGAAGCUGAAGCAAGUAUCGCUAGUCCUUUCACAUCGAAAAAACAAAAUAUAAGCUGUGUUCCUAUGCUUAUUAGAGAAGGGCGUUGUGCACUUGUAACGAGCUUUGGGACUUUCAAAUUUAUGGCUGGCUAUUCGCUUAUCCAAUCAUUUUCCACCAUAAUAUUAUUUGUGAUCGGCAGCAAUUUAUCCCAAUGGGAAUUUUUGUACUUUGAUUUCAUUAUCAUAACAACUCUAAGCUUAACAUUUGGUUACACGCAUGCUUAUCCACGUCUGUCCGCUGAACCGCCCACAAUGAGAUUAUUCAGCAUGGUGACGAUGAUUUCACUAUUCGGUCAGGUGGUAAUUGGAUUCACCAUUCAGUGCACUGCAUUUCUACUGAUUCGCUUCCAAUCUUGGUAUAUGCCACUGUUUUCAUACUCAGACGAUAACGAAUACAAAAACUUUGAAAAUACAGCCAUUUUCAUUGUAUCCAGUUAUCAAUACAUAAUUCUGGCUGUUGCUUUCUCGAAGGGUGCACCAUAUCGCAAGUCUAUUAUUUCUAACUAUGCUUUUGUGAUAAAUAUUGCCAUUUGCUUGGCUUGCAAUUUGUAUCUUACAACACAUCCAGUGAGACAGAUACUUGAUCUUUUGCAGUUAACUCGAAUUCCCUCCGUUUGGUUUUUAACCAUCUUACAUCUUUUGGUUUUGGCAAACUUUUUGGCCAGUUAUAUCGUCGAAUCAAUUGUUGAUGGAGUUUCCUUCCGGCGUCGUAUACGGCGUGUUCGGCUAUCAUUAUUCCCCAGGCGAGUGGAACGCAAAGCCUAUGAGCGUAUUCGAGAGGAAAUCGACAGGUCAGCUGGUGUAUGGCCUCCACUUUUGAGGUCAGCAAGUCUUCAAGCACUACCAAGAGAUCUGUUUAGAGAUGAAGAUAUAGACUUACCGAUUCGUCCUAGAAGCAGGCGACUUUCGUCUGCUGUAUCCAACGAUACAGACAUUGAGGUUGCUUCUGUUCAAAGUGAAAAAACCGAUCGACGGCCACUUCCAUUCAGCAGCACAGAAUGUGAUAUUGAUUCGCAUACAGCAAUCGGAAAGUCGUUUUCUAACCUAGCGGAAAUAAAUGAAAACCAAAAUUCCAGCUUCAGUCAUGACGUACCAGUAAAAAGACGCAGUCUUUCACUAGAUUCAAAACAUCAUUACUCUACUGAUGUGUUACCUGAUGUGUUUGAAAAUUCCAAUGUUUCGAGUUCAUCGUCAGUUUUACUAACAACUGCUGUCAAAAAUACGAAUUCAGCUUUGGAUAGUAGGGGUGAGGAAGAAUCUAAAGGGAAUAAGAAAACUGUCGAUGAAUCAUUAACUUAGUUCACUAAAAACAAAAUUUGAAGUACUUUGUUAAACAAGAAAAUCUACUUCAUUCCUGUACACGAAGUUAUUUUUUUCUAGUGUUCAUAAUCACUUAGUGUUUCAGAAGGUUGGUAAACUUAACUUUACCUCUAAAUGCCAAAAUUGUGUACUUUUCUGUACACUUUCAAGUGUAAUGAAUAAUUUCCAGUGUGUUUUAUAUAGCUUUGGAAAUUUGUCAGUUGCACUUAAUGUGAUUUGUUUGACCUAUUUAAAUGCCAAAAGAAUAUUUAAUUAUAUACUCUCUAUGUAGAAAAGCCUAGUUGAUUGUGACCGAAAAUUUUCUUUCUUGCUCACAACAUUUGUAAUUAACUUUAAUUACUUCUUCGUAAGAGUAAUCAGCAAAUUGAUAAACUUACUAAUUCCACUCCUAGCCCAAAAUGUAAACUUAAUUCACGUUUAUUGCCUGUUAUACUUUUGCAGAAUUUGACAAUAAAAGAUUUUUAUACAAAUCCGAUUUAUUCGAGUUAAUCAUAUCAAUUUUCAGGCGUAGUUAACUAUUUUCAAAUUAAUACGCCUUCAGUAGCAUUUCUUCUGAUUUAUUUUAGUUCAUUCAUAAGCUAUACAACUAUAGGUUGAUCAUCUCUGAUUAUGUUUCAUCAAAUUUGGUGAGACUAAUUAUUCACCUGAGAAAUUUAUCUUUAUUUUCCGAGAUUCAUAUCAUUUGUGAGUGAAUCGUGAAGUAAACAUUAGCGUAAAUAUCUACUAGAAGUUUAGUUAAAUAGAUGCUGACCUUCAGCAUUUAAAAAACUAGUCAUAAGAAGUAACUACUCCUGAGGUUACUGUGAAAUAGUGUUAAUUUUAAUUUUAAGAAAACAAAAAUAGUUUGAGCAAAGAAUAUUCUUUUCGAUAACUUCGUCCGGCUUCAUAAUUCAGCAGUAAUUGUUAUUGACAGUAUUGGUGUUUUAAAAAUAAUAAUGACCGGUUACAGCCGAUGGCCGUCGCUCUGUGGAAUGAAGUAAAAAAACAUCCUUGACAAAUUAAUUGAUAUGCAUCCUGCGAUAAAAUUUACCAUAGAGAAUGAAAUAAAUGCUAUUACUUUAUUCCUAAACGGUCUUAUGACUGGAAAAGAGGAAAGUACAAUAAAAAGGAUGAUAUACGGAAAAUUUCCACGGAGUGGUCAGAGGACUCACUUUUUGAGCUUCAAAUCUUUAAAGUGUAAACAUAAUUUAAUACAGUGUUUGAUUCACACAGCGAAAGCAGUCUACUCUAAUGAAUGCCUUAAUGAAGAAUUCUAUAUUAUAAAACAAUAAACGAGUGAAAAUGGUGAUUCUGAAAAGUUCAUUGACAACCACAUGAACACAAAGUCAAGGAAAAGCUAAUGUAUCAACAGUUCCGAAGAAGACCUUGUUCUUAGAACUUCAGUUGCUUGGUAAUAAAAUCAGGGAAACGAUAACACAAUGCCUAAGGAAUGAAGUUAAUAGGGCAUUCAGUGCCGCAGAAGUUCACUGUCUCUCCAUAACCAUCCUAAUUUAACACUCGGGAGUUAAAGAUAAACUGCCUAAUUCUACCUCAUGUGUGUAUAACUAUCAUUCUGACUGCUCCUUUACAGCCGGUUACAUUGGGCAUACGACUAAGCGUGUAUGUCAUUGGAUUUCUGAACAUUGUCCCCCAUGGUUAAGUUAGGGAAAAACAAAGUCCAUUUGCAGCUCUGUUUAACUCAUAGAUAUUGAACACAAUUUCGGUGUUAAGGCUCUCAGAAUUAUCUACCAUAAGCAAAUUAAUCUCAAUUUCGCCGUACGAGUUCGUCUUUUACACAUAGCGUAAGUCGUCGGAAUUCAUCUUAAGAAGCCUAACUUAUGUGCUCAAGAUGAGUUUGUUUUUGGAGUCUUUCCCCACCUUGGCCAUCACUGUUUUAACUAUCUUUAAUUGUCACUUAAAUUUCCUUCUUGAUAUUAACUGAUAUAUAAUUUAGUAUAACAUUUUUUAUGCCUAUUAUCAUAUACACAUGCUCUUGGACCGUAAUUCCAUUGAUCUUGAAAACUGCAUUUUAUUUUGAAAAAAUAGCGGUAUCGUCAAUAACGAGGAAGUUACCGAAAAGAAUAUUCUUUUCCCAAACUUUCUUCUCUGAACAAGGGCUUUCGGUCUUAAUCACAGAGCAAACAGCAGUUAAGUUUUAUAUAUUUUACGGAAGAAUUUUGCAUUUUUCUAGCCGUAUCAUUCAAUACUUUGUAGCAGUUGUCAUGAUUUAACUGUCAUUCCUAAUUUAGGGACUAUAAACAGACUGUAUAUCAUUGAACCUUUAGAUCGUUAGGAUUAAAACAGAAUAUAAUGAUAAUACGAAUACCUCAUAACGCAGUGAUGUCUACAUGUGGGUUGUUCAAGAAAACAGUUGGUAGACGUUAAAUAUUCAUUGUUGUUGAAUUCCAUUCUUGGCAAAAGUUGAAAGACCCGGUCAAAGUCUCAGUCUUUCAACUUUUAAUGGAAAUUUACUCUUGUUCUCCUUUUUCUUGCUUUAAAGAAAAUGUAUAAACAAGUAAGAAUUUACACAGCAUAUGGUAAAACAAACAUUGAUUACAUUACUAUUGUAUUUUGCUAUUACAUGUUGUUGUUGUUUUUCCUGCAAUCGAUUGCAGUGUUUUAGAUUUAUUGUUGAUGUUUAUUUUAUUUUCAAGGAGUCUUCUAGUGUGAAUUUCGCCUGUUAACAACAACCAGUGAACAUUCAAGUUUCUAUACAGGUUACAAAUGUCUUUAUAACCGAGGUUACUUUGGCAAUGGAAUUUAUGCAUUCUAGAAAACAGAUGUCCAAGAAUUUCAAAAGACGGUGUAUACAACGAAAACUACAUAAAGUGAUUUCGUUCAAAUAUCAAGUACAGUUGUGUGAUGACCAAUGUUUACUGUAGAGAGGAUUAUUGUAAAAAUACACUUGAAAAUCACAUUGCAGCAACAUGCUAAAACUCUGUGGGCUGUUACCUGUAUUUAUGUCUCUCUCUCCACCCCCUCUCUGCCUUCAGUGUUAUUGCAGCAGAGAAUAACGUUCAUCAGUCUACCUCUAAUUAUAUGAUCGAUUCUCAUUCCGAAGGGUUAAUUUCACUUGAAAUUUUUUUUUUUUUUUUUGGUUUCUGAAAUUCAACCAUUUUUAAAUUCUUUCGAAAGGUCACGAUUUCAGUUGGCUUUUUUUUAUGGGGGAAUGAGAUUUCGAGUUUUAUUUUAACUUUUUACCGAUUU